CGUCCCUAACCGCGGUGGCCUGGGCGACCGGGCAGCGGGCACCCCUCCUCCACCACCAUUUAAUCCGCUUCUUGUUUCUCUCUCUCUCUCUUCCCCCAUCUCUGGCAGCUUGGCUUCGCCAUUACUUGGCUUGCAGGAGCUGGCCGUGGAGUUCCCGUGAGGUGGAGACCAAGCCAUGACUGACUCGCUCGCCCCUACCCGCACCCGAAAGAGACGCUUCGAUUCCUAUGCAUAAAUAGGAAAAAGGAGAGGAGGAAUUCGAGAAAAUCACCCGCCUCUCUUCCUUUCUUCAUCGCCCUCGCCCUGCCCUUUCUUUUUCUCCUCUUCACCUACCGAAUCCCGUUGCCGGGGUCCUCGAUCUGGUCGGGACGGGCGGUAGAUUGGUGGUGGCUUCGUGGCGCUAUCAAUGCUGGUGGAUUUGAGCCGGGGCGGUGGGUGCGCGGAUGGACGCCUGCGAAAUCCGAGCGCCCGAGGCAGUGCUGCUCCGGAAAUCUGACCUGCCGGCGGAGAAGAAUUACAGUAACGGCCAUGCUGAUGCCGCGGUGAAGCGCAAGGUAGCCGCGAUGCCAGCAGCGGCACCUACUACUCCGAGGAGGCACCCGUCGCCGAAUGCCGGCGGUCGGGCGUCGUCCCCGACGCCGGCUGGGUCACAGGCGAAGAGGUCCCAGUCUACCGAACGGCGGCCGGCGACUCCGUCGAGGGCGUCUUCCGGCGGUUCGCGGCCGACUACCCCGUCCAGGAUCUCUGCCCCGGCGUCGCCAUCGUCUGCGCCUUCCAGCCCGUCCUCCUCGUCCUCCAGCUCGUCGACGCCCGUGCGUGAUGCCGUUUCAGAAACGCAAAGCGCUCCGAGGAGGUUGUCGGCUGGUCGGGCUCCUGAUGGGUUGUGGCCUUCAAUGCGGAAUCUGUCUUCUUCUUUCCAGCUCGAAUCAAAGGGGAAAAGGAUUUCUAGUAGCUCUUCUGCAGAUCAGGCCAAGGCAAGGGAUGCAGCACCAGCUGAUAGGAAGAGGAGCCCAUUGAGAGGGAGAGCUACCCCUGAGCAAUCGGAGAAUCCACAUGCCAAGGUGAUUGAUCAUCAUCGCUGGCCUGCUAUGAUGGGGGGCAGGGUGUCUGCAAGCGCAAUGUCCAAGAGCAUGGAUGUCACUGAUAAGAUCAGCAGGUCUACUCUUCCAUCAGUUCCGUCACGUGGUCUUUCACCGAAGCGAACAACAAUGUCAUCCGCUGCAAAUACCUUGUCAAGAAGUAUUGAUCUUGCUGAUAAAAUUGACCGGCUGGUCUCUUCGUCAGUGUCAUCACAAGGGGGAUCACCAAAAAAGUCACCUUCCAAUGGUGCAGAUGAUGUGCCCAAAAAGGUCGGUGUUCGUAAAGAUCUCAAACUUUCAUCCUUGGCAAUUUCAUCAAGAAGGGUGUCACCAAUAACAACAGCUGCAUCAGAUGGCACUAGGACCCUAUCAGAAAGCAUGGAUCUUACUGAAAAGGAUAACAGUACACUCUCCUCGUCGGUUUCAUCACCCAGCAUUUCACCAAGUGCAUCAUUAUCAAGUGUGUCUAAUGCUGCAUCACAGACUACUACAAAAUCAUCAGAGAGAUUAAUUGGACUGUCUUCAUCGAGAGGACUUUCACCUAGAAGAACAACUUCUGGUGGCAUUGCUGCUUUAAUGAAAAGUGUUGAUUUUCAGCCUGAAAAAGAUAGGAGACCAGCUUCAUCAAGAGGGGUUUCGCCAAGAAGGCGAUUUGCCUCUGAUGGUGUUAAUGAUAUUGUGAAAAAUAUGGAUUUUGCUGAAAAGGAUACCACAGUAGUCAGCCCGUCAAUUCCAUCUCGAGGGGUUUCUCCAAGGAGAAGACUUGCCUCUGAUGGUGUUGAUACUAUAUCAAGGAGCUCAGAGUUUUCUGGAAAGGAUAACAGGCCAUCCACCUCAUCUUCCACAUCACGUGGGAUGUCUCCACGAAGAAGGCUUGCUUCUGAUGGCAUAACUGCUGUAACCAACGGCGUGGACUUCGGUGAUAAUGCUAACAGACCAUCAACCUCUUCAGCAGUAUCACGAGGGAUUUCACCAAGACUUCAAUUAGCCUCUGAUGGUGUUGGCACUGUAUCAAAAGGCACAGGUCUUGCUGAUGAACUGGACAGGCCAUCAACCUCAUAUGCAACACCGCGAGGUAUGUCGCCACGACGCAGGGUUGCAUCUGAUGCCAGCAAUGCCACUUCAGAAAGGAUCAAGUUCACCGAAAAGGAUUCUGGAACUGUGUCCUCUUCAGUUGCACCUAGAGGGGUCUCAACAUUAAGACGACUUGCCUCUGAUGGUGUUGAAACUAUAUCAAAAAGUAUGGAUCUCAUUGAGAAAGAUACUAGACCUACUACCUCAUCAGCUGCAUCACGAGGGCUUUCACCAAGAAGGCGACUUUCCUCAGAUGGUGUCAAUGUGAUUCCAAAGAGCAUGGAUCUUGUUGAAAACAAUAACAAACUUGUCACCAUGUCAGCUGCAGCACGAGGGGUUUCACCAAGAAGACGGCUCGCCUCAGAUGGUGUCAAUGUGAUAUCAAAGAGUAUUGAUUUUGUUGAAAACAGCAACAAACCCUUAGCCAUGUCAGCUGCAGCACGAGGGGCUUCACCAAGAAGACGGCUCUCCUCUGAUGGUAUGGAAUCUAUAUCAAAGAGCACAAACAUUACUGAAAAAAGUAUCAGACCUUCAACAUCGUCAAUGUCAUCACGAGGGAUGUCACCAAGAAGACGGCUGGCCUCUGAUGGUAUCAAUGCUGUAUUGAACACAGAAUUUGCUGACAAGAACUGUAGACCAUCUUUCUCAUCAGCUGCUUUACGAGGGGUUUCUCCCAGAAGCAGGUCUGCCUCUAAUACCAUAUCAACAGGCUUGACUUCUGCGGAAAAAGAAAGCAGACCAUCCACAGCAUCAAGUGCGUCAUGUCAGACUCUGCAGAGCAGUAGGCUUGAAUCUGAUGGUGUUAAUACCUUAUCAAAAGAUGUGGAGAUCUCAUCAACUGUAUCUGGUUGCACUUCAGACAGUAGACUUGAUGGCACUGGUGCUGUAGUAAAAAGCAUAGAUGUCACUGAGAAACUUGUGUCAACGGAAGAUGGUGGUGAUGGUGAUGAUCCAGGAAGAAUGGAUUCUAGUGACAUAGUUACUAGUGCAGUCUCAUCAUCCCUUGCAUCUCAAGAGGUAUCACCAAGACCUGUUACUGAUGACGUUAAGAAUGCAUCAGAGAAUGUUGAUGCAACUCAAAAAGGUAACAGAGCAUUAUCGGUGAAGGUUCCAUUUCGAGGAGCUUCUCCAAGAAGGCGACUUGCAUCCGAUGGCAUUGAUACUAUAACUAAAAGCAUGGAUUUUGCUGAGAAAGAUAAGAAACCCAUGACAGUGUCAGUUCCAUCACGUGGGAUGUCACCAAGAAGAACAGCGAGAUCUGACAGUGCUAAUAUAAUGUCAAAAAGUAUGGAUUUUGCUGAUAAAUGUAACGGACCAAUAUCUUCGAUGGUUCCUUCACGAGUGUUUUCUACAAGAAGAGUAUUAGGACCAGAUGGUGCUAAUGCCAUGUCAAGAAGCAUGGAUCUAACUGAUAAAAUUAGACAGCAAAUAUCUUCAGCUGUGCAAUCAUCCAGAGCUUCACCAAGGAAAAUGCUUCUUGCUUAUAACAGAAUAAAAGGCCCUGAAGUUUUAUCAGGUGAUGUUGAGAGCCCUGCUUCUGCUGAUGGAAGUGAAAGUCAAGAGGAGAAUGCCAGUUCAAGUCCAGAUGCACCUUCAAAUAAUUCAGAAAAAUCUACACCUCCAAAGCAGCUAGCUAGGAGAUCACCUUCGCCAUCACGUAUUUUAAUACGCCCUUCAUCACCAUCCAAUGCUUCAUCGACACCAUCAUUUGCCUCUAGGAGAUUACCAAGCCCAUCAAGGACUAGACCCUCAACACCUGUCUCACCAUGUAGUUCUGCCAGAUCUGAUUCAGCCUCUUCAAUUCUUAGCUACAUUGGUGAUGCUACAAGAGGGAAGAAGAGCCCAGCUCACAUGGAAGAUGCCCAUCAGUUGCGCCUCCUGCAUAAUAGGAACUUACAAUGGCGUUUUACCAAUUCUUAUGUUGAUGAAAUGCUGUCAAUUCAGAAAAUAAAUGCUGAGACUAUGUUGUACAGCGUAUGGGAUGCUAACUCAAGGAUGUGUGACUCUAUGGUUAUGAAAAGGAGCUAUGUACAAAGACUAAGGCAAGAGGUCAAAUUGGGAAUAGUGUUGAAGGAGCAAAUGGAUUACCUUGAUCACUGGGCAGCGCUGCAAACAGAGCAUUCUUCUUCUUUAUCCAGCGCCACUGAAGCUCUUAAAGCAAGCACAUUGCGCCUUCCAGUUUCAGGAGGAGCUAAGGCUGAUGUACAUACUGUUAAGAAUGCUGUCAGUUCAGCAGUUGACAUUAUGCAAGCAAUGGGGUCAUCCGUUUGCCAUUUGCUAUCAAAGUUACAGGCUUCACACUCUCUGGUUACAGAACUUUCAGCUGUUGCUGCUAAAGAAAGUACCUUACUCAAUGAGUACAGAGAACUCUUGGCAACAGCAGCAUCACUACAGGUCCAAGAGUCCAGCCUAAGGACACAGCUCAUACAACAAACAGAGUGAACAGGUUAAGGUCCUGUAUUUUUAACUAGGAAGAUAGAGGUAAACACCAUUCAUUAGUUUCAGUGACUGCGGUGCAUAUGUGUAUCUUUGAUGUCGUUUUGUUUUUCUCUCUCUUCCUUUUUUCACUUAUUAGCUAGCCCAUAUUUCUUUUCAUUUCUACUCCCCCAUGUUCUUUUCUGUUCGAACAACUUACAUGGAAGAGAAGGGAAGCAACACGAAAUCAUGGAUUUACUCCAUGACAGAGCUGCCAAUGUGGUCGUUUAUUGCAUCCUACACCAAUGUGCCAAAAACUGAAAGCUUUGUUGUAACUUGUAAAUCUUAGCAGUUAUGUGUCCUUCAGUGUAAUGCCUUUAGAUGUGCAUCUUUCUUAGAUCGCCAUCACCUUAGAAUUAGACUCCAGUUAACAGAUUACUUACUAUUAGUGCUGGUCCCAAAUCCAAGCAAGGGGCAACCAGAAACUUCUAACCGACACUACAGAGUAGUUGACAGGUUUCCAAUACUGACUUCGUUGCUAACACUUGUAAGUAUUUUAUGUCCUGUCAGGAGAAAUACCAUGUUUUGUUCUUCUCCA